CCCGCCAGUCACAACCUGUCACAGAGUAGAACUACCAGGAAAUCAUGCCUGAACCACCCAAAGCAGCGAAGAAAGGCUCUAAGAAGGCCGUUUCUAAGGCCGUGAGCAAGUCCGGCAGGAAGAAGAGGAGGCCCAGGAAGGAGAGCUACGCCAUCUACGUCUACAAGGUGCUGAAGCAGGUCCACCCUGACACCGGCAUCUCCUCCAAGGCCAUGGGCAUCAUGAACUCCUUCGUCAGCGACAUCUUCGAGCGCAUCGCCGGUGAGGCCUCCCGUCUGGCUCACUACAACAAGCGCUCCACCAUCACCUCCAGGGAGAUCCAGACCGCCGUCCGCCUGCUGCUGCCCGGGGAGCUGGCCAAGCACGCCGUGUCCGAGGGCACCAAGGCCGUCACAAAGUACACCAGCUCCAAGUAAACCUGCUGACACUCCAGCAACACAACGGUCCUUUUCAGGACCACACACUGCUUCUACUGAGAGCUUCAGUCCUGAUAUCAGUUCUCACCUGGAAGAGUUUGAUGUUUUACUUUGUUUAUAGCAGUGCAAGUUCAACCAUGUCUGAAAAUGUAAUUCAUUUCAAAGUCAUACUGGCAGUAAAGUCCUGUAUAACAGUCUGAUUGUAUCAGAGUGCAGCAUCACUUACUGAACUACUUGAUUUCUUCGCUGGUGCAGUGACACUAAGAAACUGAAGCUCCUCAACAAAACAUGAAUUUACCCCAAACUGAAUAAAAUAUAAAGUUAUAUUCUCCCACCUCAA